AAAAAGGUCAGAUGUCAAAGCAGAAUUUAAGAAUAGGUGCUUCGUCAUUUUCUCUGAGCAAAAACGACUUUAAUUCAAAUAUUUCCGAAAAUGGAGAAAAGAAAGUGGAAAAAUAUAUUCCCUCGUCGAAAAACUGACCGCCUUGCAGUAUUAUUUGUGAUGACAGAGCUUUUUGUUGAGGUUUAUUUUGAAUUGUUUAUCAUUCUUCCUCAGGUUUACCCUACUCCAAGUCUUGCAAUGUAUCUUCAUGUUUGUUUCGGAUUCUACCUGUUGUUCAACACACUCGGAAACAUGAUCCUAGCAAUCAUUGUGGACUCUUCCACUGGAGCUGAGAUCCUACCUGCCGUACUCCAGCCCGAAUGGAGGUACUGCCCCACCUGUAUGCAGAACUCGCCACCGAGAGCGGUGCACUGUUUUAUGUGCGAGAAAUGCGUCUUGAAACGGGAACAUCAUUGUAUCUUCAUCGGCAAGUGUGUCGGAAUACGUAACCAUCGUUAUUACAUGAUGACCGUUUUCUACCUAGCUGUUGGGUCGUUGUACGCUAAUUUUAUGAAUAUUGACUAUGCCCUGAACCUUCUUGGUGGGUUUAGCUUGAAGACCGGCCUAGCGAUGAUUGCCCCUAUCUUGGGCUGGAUAUUUGGUGUAACAGAAUCAAUGUCGUUCUUCAUAUCAUUUCAGUGUGGUACAUGUAUAUUAUCAUGUUUGAUGUUCUUUACCUUGUUGGUUUUUCACACUUGGCUAAUAUACCGAGGGCAGGUCACUUAUGAGUGGCGACAUGGAAUAAAAGAUUACGAUGUUGGCUGGAAGCAAAAUUUUAUUCAAGUCUUUGGAAAACGCUGGUACCUUGUUUGGCUAUUCCCAACAAUCUCAUCCCCAUUGCCAUGUAAUGGGAUUAAGUAUAUGAAGAAAAACGAUAAAAUUGAGAAUGUUAAGGAUAUGUAAAGAGUAUAUGGAUUGUACCCACCUUCAAAAUGUUUUCUGUGCAAAUAUUACUCAGAUUUACACUGUGUACUGUAUGUUAUUGUUUUAUAGUGUAAUAAUGAUGAAUGAGAAUAGUAGGGAAUAUUAUUAUUAUUGCAUUACUGGAUAAAAUUUACUGUUUAAUGUUUUUUAUUCUAACCAAAGUUUGAUAGUUUUCUAUUUAAAAUUGAUAUUUUUGGUACAGAAAACCUAGAUUUAUCAAAAUGCAAUUUCGAUGUUAAACCAUGUAAUAUUAAUUAUUUAAAGCUACGGAAAAUGCAUUCUAUUGUGUACAGUAUGUUAAAUGUGGAUACAAUUUGAUAGAAAAGAUGUUUAUUAUAAAGAUUUUCAGUAAUUUGAAAAUCAAUGUGUAAGAUCCAAAUUAACGUAAAAGUAGUGAUUACUUACUUCUUUCUGUAGACACUUAUGCAAUUCUGAGAAUUAGCGGCACAAGAGUGGUGGGAGGGCUUGUAGCACCCCUAGCGGUGAAAAAUAGCUCCAUCCCCAUUGUUUAAUUUUAAAAACCAUUUAAAACACUAUUGUAUCUUAGAUGGUGCUAAUUGACAUAUUCUUGAAAGAUACUUUAAAUAGUAAAAAAGAAAAUGCCAUUCAUAAACUAAUCAAAUUGGUUGGUUAAACAGAUAAAAUAAAAGGGCCAAAAAGUGUGCUCAUUUUGCCGUUCUUUAUCCCUCAGAUGAGGUGCAAGACCCAUCUUUUAUUUUUACUGGUUCUGAGAAGUUACUUGAUUAAUUUUUGGACCUAAGAGGUAUCAAAUAAUUCAUUUUCAAGCACAGUACUCUAUUCAUAUUAUUUAAUAAUUUUAUUAAAAAAACAAAUUAAAAAACCUAAAUUAGACACUGUAUAGUAAAGAUAAUUAUGUUGUUCAGUUCAUAAUUCUACGUGCUUAACAAACACCUGUACUUGGAUAUAAUUUUCAUAAAAGAGAAUGUUGCCACUUUUGUUAUGAAAUAAAUGAAAUCGAUACUGCUUUUCUGAAUACAUUUUUUGUUUGUAUUUAAAGACCAAAGUAAAUUGUCUUGCUUA